AUGGAGAAUUUAAGUAUUUUAAUUAAUGAAAGUAAGGAAGAAAUUGAAGAAGAUGAAGUUGGAGAUAAAAUAACAGUAUUUGAAGAAUAUUUUUAUUUGGUUAAUGGAUUAAUUGGAACUUUUUUAAAUUUAAUUGUUUUAUUAAUUGCUUAUUUAAAUGUUAAUAUUAAUGAUAAACCUAGACAGAUAAUUGUUAUAAAUAUGACUUUGGCCGAUUUAUUAACUUGCACUAUUUAUAUAAUUACAAGAUCUUAUGUAAGUAUUUUCCCUCAAUUUCUUUGUUAUCCUUAUUAUGUUUUAAUUGUUACUUCACAAUUAUGUAGUUGUUUAAAUCUUUUAUGGAUUAAUUUGGAUAAAUUUUUAUUUAUUAAAUUUCCAUUACAUUAUUAUACUUUGGUUAGCAAAAGGAGAGUUAUUUGGGUAAUGAUUGGAAGUUGGGCAUUAAUUUUUGGAUUUGUUAUUUUUUUAUAUUGGUUUAUGGAAAUUAAGCAUCCAUGUGAAAAAGUAAUUUUAUCUGGACAUAUUUAUUUAUUAAUUUGUUUACUUUAUAUUAUUUCAAUAAUUGCUUCUUUAACACUUUCUGCUAUUAUAUUUUAUAUUGCACAAAAAUCAAGACGUUCUUUGGAUUCUUCAAAAGAAUCAAAGAGACUUUUCAAACGCCUCUUUUUUGUUUUUUCAUCAACAUUAUGGACUUUUUGUACAUGUCUUCCCUAUCGUCUUUUAUAUCUCGGAAUUUUACUUUCAUUAUUUUCAUCAUCUCCACCUUUAUUACUUAAACAGUCAAUAGAUUUAUUUUAUUCUUUAUUAGUUAUUGGAAUUGUUUGUAAUCCAAUAAUUACUUUAUUUACUCAAAGAAUUUAUAGAAAUUAUUUAAUUAAUUAUUUUUUAAAUCCUUUUGGGAAGAAAAAUAAAACAAAUAAAAAUAAUUCAAGUAGAAGAAGUAGAAGUUUAUAUAAAAAUGAAAAAGAAAUUUUAAAUAUUAAUGAAGAAAAAGGGGAAAGAAGAGAAAGGAUAUAA